GAAAUGCAAAUAAGUUUUAAACAUGAAGGUCUUCUGUCACAUUUGUACUGAAAUUCUUAUCCUUUCCACCACAGCCCAACAGAUGCUCCUCCUGUGUCAGGGUAUGAACGGCUCAAGGGAGGACAGACCACCUCCCCCCACCUGGAGCCACAAACGAAGUUACCCAGAUCUCGAAAAAAUGGCUUGUGCAGCCGACAGCUGCAUCCAAUUCACGCGUCAUGCAAGUGAUGUUCUGCUCAACCUGAACCGACUGCGCUGCAGAGAUAUCAUCACAGAUGUCACGAUUCUGGUCAACAGACAACAGUUUCGAGCACACAAAACUGUCCUUAUGGCAUGCAGUGGGCUCUUCUACUCAAUUUUCACAGACUCCCACAAAUGUAACCUGAAUGCCAUAAGUCUGGACACGAAGGUUGACCCAGAGGGUUUCGCAAUACUUCUGGAGUUUAUGUACACUUCACGUCUCACACUGAAGGAGAGCCUCAUCAUGGCCAUCAUGAACACCGCCAUCUACUUACAGAUGGACCACGUUGUUGACACCUGCCACAGAUUCAUUAAGUCCAGUGACUCCUCCAUCAAACUGCCCAGAGAGGAUUUUUUGGUUAGCCCUCUGCUUUUACCUCAAGAUGUUCACAGUUACAGACCCCAUGAGGUGGUGGAUAACAUAUCUGGACGGGCAGCAACUUUCAGAGAUGGGAGACCCUAUGGUGUCUGUAUGUUUAAUGGGGUCAAUGCUCCUAACAGCUCAUACCUUUAUAGCCAGUUUCCCAUGCAAGGUUUCCCCUUUCCUCUUUGCAAGCUGACAGACACCAAAAACUCAUUCUCAGACUUUUCAAAAGGGGGCAUCAUCCAUCACAAACACUGCUCACCAGCUGAUGGAAACAACACUGUGCUGUCUGACUUCACCCACAACACCAUCAGUGGAAGCGCAAAUGCUUUCCACACUGGCUCGUACUCCUCAAGAGAGCUUGGAAGAGAUGAAGAUAUGAAGCGGGAGACAUUGGAGGGAGUUGUCCAAUCAAUCGGCAUGAGUUCCAGAAAGCACGGCUUUAGCAGCCUGGCACAGGAGCAGCAAAGGGAGAAUGGAAAAGAGCAGAGUUCCCCAGCUGAGGAACAUUUGAGCCACCAACACUACUCUAUGGGCAUGUCCUCCAAUGGGCGCAAAGGCUUGAUGAGCAGCCCCCAGAGUCCGCUCAAAUCAGACUGUCAGCCAAAUUCUCCAACAGAGUCCAGCAGCAGCAAAAACGCUGCCCUCACACAGGCCUCGCAACCUCUGACCUCUCAAGGUACACAAGACCCUAAAGCUCGCAACUGGAAGAAAUACAAGUUCAUUGUGCUCAAUCAGAGUUCUAAGGAAGAGGAAACCAAUCCUCGUGAUCCUGGAAUGCACUCCCCUCAAAGGCCAGGCUUGUCUGCUUUCCUUCACCAUACUGACUCUGAACAUCCAGACUCAAAGGCAACAACAAAAAUUAGUGAACCAGGCGAGGACUUUACUGUGCCUCAGGCCAGUCGUCUCAAUAACAUAAUCAACAGAACUCUGGAGGGAUCACAGAGGAAUGAAGUCAGCCGCUCUUCUCUGUAUAGGGGCCACUUAAAAUGUUCGUCCUGUGGCUCCCAGUCUCCACAGCACUCCGACGUGUGUCCAAGCACGUCUGGCUCGCGGUUGGCUGAGGAGAUGUCUGAGAUGCACUCGGAGUACUCCGAUUCCAGUUGUGAAAACGGAACAUACUUCUGUAAUGAAUGCGACUCAAAGUUUGCAGAGGAGGAAGCCUUGAAAUGCCACACGCUUCAGGUCCACAGUGACAAGCCAUACAAAUGUGAUCGUUGCCAAGCAGCAUUCCGCUACAAGGGAAACCUUGCCAGUCACAAAACAGUUCACACCGGAGAGAAACCGUAUAGAUGCAAUAUCUGUGGGGCUCAGUUCAACAGACCAGCUAACCUCAAAACCCACACACGAAUUCACUCAGGAGAAAAGCCAUACAAGUGUGAGACAUGUGGAUCUAGAUUUGUGCAGGUUGCUCACCUUCGUGCUCAUGUUCUGAUUCAUACCGGAGAGAAGCCAUACCCAUGUGAAAUCUGUGGCACCCGUUUUCGCCAUUUGCAGACACUUAAGAGUCACCUGCGAAUACACACAGGAGAAAAGCCCUAUCAUUGUGAAAAAUGCAAUUUGCAUUUUCGCCAUAAGAGUCAGCUUCGGUUACACCUCCGUCAGAAGCAUGGAGCAAUCACCAACACCAAGAUCCAAUAUCGCACGUCUUCAACAGACUUACUGACGGACUUGACAAAGGCAUGCUGAGCAAGCACUGGCAUUAUAUGACCCUGACUUGUACAAUCAUUCAAAAUUUUAGUGCCACACUGUGUCAAUCGGACAAGGAAAAAAAAAAAGAACUUGGCAGGAAAAGCCCAUCUAAAUGGUUUCCUCUACAUUUGACCAUACAACCACAUUAUGGUCUCUUGUCACAUUAUUGUUUAUAUUUACAUAUGAAUAUAUAUUAUUGUUGAGAGUGUUUUUACAUUUUGAGUUAUAAAAAGCUUUAUUUUGUUGGAAGGAUGGAAUGUAAAACAUUUAAAUCAGUUUUUUGAGAAUACAGUAUUUUAUAACAAAAAACAUACUUUUCUGAAGUUAUUUGGGUAAUUUUGAUUGGAGAUUGGAAUAUUUUGAGUCAAGCGCAUUUCUCGCAAAGCAAAGAAUUGUGUCUAUAGAUUUUUAUAAAUUAAUGUACAGGUUACACUAUGUUGGAAUAGCCUCGGCCUUGUAAGAGGAACUAACUGUGACUAUAGCAUUGAAUAUCUUUCUUGGUUUUUGUUGUGUAAUUUUGAGAAUGAUGGCUGCUCACUCAAAUGGAAAACAUGCAUGGGGUAGGUUGCAACAGAUAAUGCUUCAUUAAGUGGGCAGCAGCAUAUAUUUUGUGACAUAAAGUGUAAUAACUUUACAUCAAGAUUGCUCUCUGCUGGCAGAGCCAAUCUGGAAUAACAUGUUAACAUAUGCAUUCAAAGAAAUAAUAAUACAAAAUAAAAGGUACUGCUAUGACCAAGAAGAUAUUUUGCUUCAGAUGUAUUUGUAUAGAAACGUGACAUUUUAUUUGUUUUGGCAAGUGAAGGUUUACAGUUUUAUCGUUGUUCUAGAAGCUACAGUAAAAGGUUAUACUAUUGUCAUUUAUUUUCUUUUUGUCUGUGUAUACAGUGUACUCAAGGUGCCUUUUUCAAUGGUGUCUGAAUUUCUUUACAUUCAGCCCCGCUCUAUUAAGGUACAACUAAAGGGCAACACUUGUCCACCCCUACCCCCCACCCCCACCCCA